CUUCUUCGAGCCAAAGCUGUAACGUUUGUUGAUCGCUCCGUAGCGCAUGUUUCUUGCGCAUCGAAGAGCUCAAGUUAAAGUCAAGGGACCUGCUUCUGGUUCUACGGGCAAAUGGUAACAUGAAUACCCAUGAAUAUGGUCAUUGCUGAAUGAAUGCUGGAAAAUGUAGAGGGGGGAUCAUGGGUUCGCCCUGGGAACCUGCUCUCUGUGAGGCUUCGGCUGGGCUUCGUCGGCAAUGCCCCUCCUGUAGCGCUUGGUGAGAUUGCCCUCCCCUAGAGGAAAUGGGAGAUCAUCAUCAGGUCAAAACUUCCUUCCUCUUCAUCCAACUGCAGUCGCCCUCCAAGGCCCGCCAGCAGCCGUGUCCUGCUCGCAGAGCCUGCCUGGCCGCUUCAGAGGAAGGAUACCACAGCGUUGCAGCCGAAGGUCCAGGGCCAAGCCCACCGCAGCAGAGCUCGGAGCGUAGAGGUGUGGAUGCUUCGAGAGCAGAGCCCUGUGCCAUCAGCAACCAGGAACACCUUGAGGAGGGAACCUGCAGGCCUUUGGCUCGCUCCACUGAGAGCUCUGCAAGAGGUGCCAGCGACCAGACGAGUCUGCACACAGAUGAGGAGCGCGUGAGUUUGACGGAGGAGGAGGAGAACCCCACUCUCCCGUCCGACGACCCAAGGUGCCCCCCCGUGGCCCCUGUGUGGAUCUUACGUGAAGAAAGCCCAGUUACCAUAGUUACCAUGAGUGAGGAGAGCCCAUUACCACCUACGGGUAGCACAUCCCCCAAAGUGCCCCCCAAACCUCCAACAACUGCCCGAACCAGCUUCCUUUACCCAGAAGGGACAAACGAGUCUCUGAAAAUAACUCCAGAAGGAAAGCUGGCAGAGGACACCAAGCCUAAGAGCGUUUACCAGACCCCUGUCCAACCCACCAUGGGCACCAGUGUGUGUCGGUCUUCCAGUAACAGCUGGGUGCACAGCGCUAAGCAGAAGGAGGAGGCUGGUCGCCAGGGCAAGGCGCAGCAGGCAGCAGGACUACCCAGGAGCCCGGAGAAAGCUACCUUUUUGUCUGCCGUCAUACAGAGGUCCUCAAAGCUGUCUGGUGAUAUAUACAGGAAAUCCGAGAGCAAGCAGGACACCUCCAAACCAGCACCGGCUACAGAGCCCUGUGUGAAGACAUCACCUCCCCCUGCGGUGCGUGAGACAGCUGCAGCUGGGGCUCCUACCAAGCCUGCAGUCACUCCAGUGGAGCAGUCCUCUGCUAUGAGCACCUCAAUGGACUACCGAUCCCCCAAGCCUGGCGUUCCCCCCAAGGCUGGAACAUUUGUUUGGGUCAACAACUCCUCGCAUGCUCAAAGUGUCGCCAAGGCCAAAUACGAGUUUCUCUUCGGGAAGCCGGAGGAGUCAAGCUCUGCCACCAGCGUGUCAUCGACUGGAACUGAAACUCUGCCGGAUAAGGAGAGCAGUGAGAGUUUGGACGCAGAGCUUUGCCUGCAGGAUGACAGCGAGCUGGACGAGACCUCGCUCUUCCAGGAGAUCGACCGCGAGCUGGCCAGCCUGCUGAGCGGCCUCAAGGCCAGGUGUCGGGAUGCAGGCCUGGACCCACAGGACGACCUGGACGACCUGGACGACAUCUCACCGCAGGCCAGCAUCGGCGGCCCCCCUUCCUCUUCCUCUUCCUCGGCCAUGAUCCCCUGCAACGGCGCCAGCGACGGACGGACGGCCUCCGUGGCCACCCCCCCCGCCGCCGCCACCCAGAACGGCUGCUCUGAGGCCGGCCUGGUGGCAGACGAGAACGGCGGCGAGCCCGGGCGCUCGCUCCUGCAGCCGUCGGACAGCUUCAUCCUGGACACGUGGGCGGACGCGCUGGGGCAGGACUCGCUCUCGCUCGGCUCCGUCACGGAGGAACUGCAGGCGCUGAGCGCCGGGCUGCUGGCGCUCGACGGCAGGAAUGCCAGCGUCGCCGGCCAAGACAAACCGCAACCAGCCGGCACAUCUGGAGACGAGUCUUCUGCGGUGGCCGAGGGGGGACGUCCCUCCCGUACCGAGACCCAGAACCAGGCAGAGGCUGGUAUGGAGGCCCUCGGCGGAGACGGCGGGGGGCUGCUGGAGGAGUCCAGCAAGAUCCUGGCCGAGUUCCCGGUGAUCUUCACCGCCUUUCUGGACGGGGGCCAAUCGCGGGACAAGCCCCCGAAGAAGCUGCGCUUUGUGGAGAGCAGAGAGGACGGCGCGCAGGGCUCCGGCAGCGGAGCUGUGAACGGGACCGGGGGAGCAGAGGGGACGCACCGAGAGGUGCAGCCGCAGAACCCCCGCGACACCAGCCCGUCCCUGGGGGCCUCGGGGGCCAUGGAGAGGCCCCUGGUGGAGGCGCUGGAGGACGAGGUGUUCAGGGCCGUCCCCGAGGUGUGUGUGCUGAGCCCGGAGAGUGAAGCAGCGUCUGAACACAGCUCAAGGAGCGCUGAGGAGGCCAAGUCCUCGGAGGCCGAGGCCAAGAGGUCGCAGACGAGCGAAGAGGCCACCGACGUGUUCAGCUCGCAGUUCGAGAGCAUCGUGGAGUCGGACCGCCUGCGCAGCACGUUCUACAGCAGCUUGGACUCGCUGGACGCCCUCUCCUCGGCCGACGACGAGCCCGAGCCCGAGCCCGAGCCCUCCUUCACCUUUGACCUGCCGCUGACCCCCAUGAUCCAGCAGCGGCUCAAGGAGAGCUCAAGCCACUUCCUGGACGGCGCGGCCGAGUUCGGGCGCCAGGAGGUGCUCAGCGUCACGGCGACCGGCAGAAGCGGCAGGGGCGCCCUGGAGAUGACCACGUCCUUUGUGGACGUGAUGGACAGCAGGGACCCGGGCUCCAUUUCCGUUUCCACGGAGACGGAGACCACGUCAAGCAGACAUUCCAGUGACGGACACUCCAGCGGACACUCUGCCGGGCCGGUGUCAAACGGAGUGGGGGACAGUGCGGGCCAAGACUCUAAAGACUGGCUGCAGGGCUGCCUGAGGAGCGAUGCGGACCUGAAGGAGGCGCUGUCAGGCUGGGACUCGGACAUGGGCAGCACGGAGAGGCUGAAGGACAGCAGCGACGCGCUCCACAACAGCAGCGGCGGCAGCAGCAGUAACCGCGGCGACCAGGAGGCCGCCCGGCGCCUGGCACGGAGGCUCUACCACCUGGAGGGGUUCCGCCGCUCGGAUGUGGCCAAACACCUGGGCAAGAAUAACGACUUCAGCAAGAUGGUGGCCGAAGAGUACCUCACUUUCUUUGAAUUUACAGGGAUGACAUUGGACCAAUCUCUCAGAACCUUUCUGAAAGCGUUUGCACUAAUGGGUGAGACCCAGGAGAGAGAGCGGGUUCUGAUCCACUACUCCAAUAGGUACUACCAUUGCAACCCCUCCAUCAUCGCCUCACAAGAUGGAGUGCAUUGCCUUACCUGUGCUUUGAUGCUGCUCAACACCGACCUUCAUGGCCAUAAUAUCGGGAAGAAGAUGACAUGUCAGGAAUUCAUCAAUAACUUGGAAGGCCUCAACGAAGGGCAAGAUUUCCCGAAAGACGUCUUGAAGGCAUUGUACAACUCGAUCAAAAAUGAGAAGCUGGAGUGGGCCAUCGAUGGCGACGAGUUGAAGAAGUCCUUGUCGGAGCUCGCUGACAACAAGACAGACAGUGCCCACUCCAAGGGCAUCAGCAAAAUUGGCAGUGGCAGCAACCCGUUCCUGGACAUUGCACACGAUCCCAAUGCCGCGGUCUACAAAACAGGCUUCUUGGCCCGCAAAAUCCAUGCCGACAUGGACGGAAAGAAAACUCCUAGGGGGAAACGUGGUUGGAAAACGUUUUAUGCUGUUCUCAAAGGAAUGAUCCUGUAUCUGCAGAAGGAUGAGUACAAGCCUGAGAAGGCCUUGUCUGAGGACGACCUGAAGAACGCCAUCAGCGUGCACCACGCCCUGGCCAUCAGGGCCGAGGACUACGAGAAGAAGCCCAACGUGCUGAAGCUCAAGACCGCCGACUGGAGGGUCUUCCUCUUUCAGGCACAGAGCCCCGAGGAGAUGGAGUCCUGGAUCAAAACAAUCAACUCGGUGGCAGCCAUGUUCUCCGCACCCUCCUUCCCAGCAGCCAUCGGCUCUCAGAAAAAGUUCAGCCGUCCGCUGCUCCCUGCAACCACCACCAGGAUGUCUCAGGAGGAGCAGUUCAAAUCCCAUGAGGCAAAGCUGAAGCACAUCUCCACAGAGCUGGCUGAGCACAGAUCCUAUCCACCAGACAAGAAGGUCAAAGCCAAGGAGAUAGAUGAAUACCGAUUGAAAGAGCACUACCUGGAGUUUGAGGAGAUACGUUACGAGAUGUACGUGAAGCUCCUGAAGGACGGCGUGAAGGAUCUCCUGGCCGGGAAGGAAGCGGAGGCCGCCCUCAAGAAGUCCCAGUCCAGCCCCUCGCUCAACCAGGAGCCCCAGCCGGCGGCGGGCGCCAAGGUCAAACGCAACACCUCCGAGAGGAAGGACUACCGGCCCGAGACCCCCAAAGUCACAUAGGAAGCCCCCCGCCGUGCUGUCCGAUUGAGAGCCAUUGGUAGCACUUUCCUGUGAAGGGCUACAUGUGAGGCCUGAUCUUAACACCUUUACGAGCCAAUGCACGACCACCCUAAGGGCCCGCGGAAGGCGUGUGACUGGCGGUUGAUAAAUGUCACUAGCUUCUCGCUAGUGUGACACAGCGUUGUGGGAUGGCCUUUUGAGUUUGUCGUUGCUGUACACACACACACACACACACACACACACACACACACACACACACACACACACACACACACACACACACGUACGUAUUUGCAGUUGCUCAGGUGCUCUUAGGGCCCUGGUGUAUUGAUUCCGAAGGUGUUGUUUUGCUUUUAACGUGAAUCCCUUAAGGAAGGUGUUACCGAGCCAUUCUACACAACGUGUGAAUAUAUUUUAUGUAAUUUAUUUAUGAUCCCACAGUUGUGUACAAUGUAAAUGACUGAUAAUCGUCUUUUAGAUUGAAUGGUGCUUGUGUAGCGGUUUAUAUGGGGGCAUAACGUACAUACAGUAAAUGUAGUCUCUUUUUUUUAUUUGAGUGUUGUACAUGUUGCUGUUGUCAUUAUUGUAAUGUAAGUGUAAGAUUUAGUUGUGAGGCAUUCAACUGUCACUUUAUUUGUUAUCGCUGUGUUCCGUCCUUACCGAUGCUCUCCCGAAAUCUGCCUUUGUUCAAGAGAAGAUAUUUUCUUGUAUUUUAAGUGGGCUUGAUCCACCCUUAUAUCUUUGUAGGUAUUAGAUAUAGUCUUACUCCUAAGGUUAACGGUUCUUUUGAAAUGUAGAUUAAGUGAAUGUUAUAAACAUUUUAAACACACAUAUACGGUAAUGAGAACAUUGGUACAUUAUGACCUCCAGCAUGACCCAGAUUUUAUCCCAACUGCUGGUUAGCGUUAUUCUUCAUUCCGCCCGUUGAAACCGUGGAAACGAAAUGGCUUGGAGUAUUUUAAAUUCUGUGAGAAGCCGAUAGACACAAAAUGUCUGAAGCACAUUAGACGGACCGAAGAGGCACAUGGAAGAGAUCCUCACUGGAACUCCUCCUGUGGGGGGCGCUGUCCUCUUGUUGCAUAAUAGGGACCAUGGAGAGACCUACGUCAAGACUUUCUAAUUCUGUUAGUUAUCUUUUAUGUGCCUACACAGAGAGAUUAUCUGAUGCCAUUCUAGAAGAGUUUCAGUUCAAUUUCAUGAAAUUUAAAACAAAUGAUGAAUUAUAUAUCACAUCUGUAAAUCACAUUUUUGUCAUCAGGUCUGACAACUUCUACCAACAGAACAACCACACACUGCUCCUCUCUCCCUGUUGCGGUUUCUGGAGGGUUUUGUCCUCUUUCAAAAGACGUUUAUUUUUACAUUACCAGAAUGCAGCAGGUUGUAAAUAAUCAAAAGUGAUUUUUAAUGUUCCUAUGAACGGAACUGUUCGGAAACGAAAGCCUUCAGAAUAGACCAAUUAGAAAGCAUAGAUACACUAUUAGUUCAGUUUUAGAGGUGUGUUACAGUGGUUUUAAGGCUAUUCAAGAUCUCUUUUUUUAUUUUAAGGAACUUUUAGGGGUACUUAAGGAUAAUCAUUUUAAACUUAGUUCUGUCCACAGAACGCUGGCCAUGCAAACUGCAAAGGCACUGUUGUGUUGACAUCAACAUCAAGGGUUGCUGCAGGCUGGCUGUUUAUUUUUUUAUCUGUUGAGCUAAAGGAAUAUACUUCUGCUUUUUUGAGUAGUGUAAAUGCCAAUGCUACUUUUUGUGUAUUUUAUAAUCUUCUUAUAUUUGGAUUUUUAAUUCUGAGUUGAGAAUUGUAUUGUUGUAAAGAUGAAAAUUAGUAUUUAUAGUGCACUUUAUGAAUUAGUUCUUAUGACUAUUUUAGAGCUUUAUAAGGGGUAGAGUGAUGCAUUUUUUUAAACGACCACACUUUUUUUUCCUUUUUCUUUCUUUGGUGUCAGGCCGCUCCCAGGCCUACUCUGUUGAAGGUACUGAGCUGAGCGUACGAUUCUGUCAGCUCGACACGUUCGUUUGUCAGUGGUUGUGUAGUUUUGCUGUCGUAGUUAGAUUGUGUAAUGACUACGUUUCCAUUAAGGAAACUAUUUACAGUGCUGUACAACAUUGACAUUCUCUUUGUCUCUUUUUGUGAUGUCGGUAUACAACUGAAGUGUCAUUGAAAAUGUCUUCAGACAGAGCUGACAUGGAAACACUAUUUUUAUUUUCCCAUCACAAACUCACUUUCAGGCAUAUUUUCCUCACCAAAUAUGUUUUUUAUUUGAAGGUUCAGAUGAGUAGAGGUGUAUGAUAUCUAACCAAGAAGGAAUUGUAGGUUUCUGACGUGCGCUUGAGAAUGUUCUGCUUUAUUCUGAGUUAUUGGGCUUGUCGUCAGAACCCUCUAGUCUAUACACGCGCGAUUGUUUACUUCAACAGGGCAUGUGUUGUAGAAAUGACUCAAUAGUUAUUUUUUUCUUUUCACUCUGUUAAACUGAUAUAACAAGGCGAAUGAACCAAGAUAGUUUCUGAAUGGAGCAUCCAUAUCCCGGUGGCUUCGGAGUCACUAUCAGGAAUCUAUGUAACCUCUCCGAUAUGCAUAUCCUAUGCUUGCACAGCAUGGCUGACUCCUGACCCGCCUGCCCUGUCAUAGUGUCCAAGGCCAGUGUUUGUCUUCAGCAUUGAAGCACUUCGCUUAGUAUGUUUUGCUUGUGUGUGGCUUUGCCUGGGAGUCCUAACAGAAACCGACUUCACAAAACAAGACCCCAACUAUGGAAGAGGCCUGUCGAGUUUGGCUUGUGUUCUUUUUUCUCCCCCUUUUAUUUUGUAUUUACUUUAAAACAUCUUGGUUUUUGUGUUUGUUUGACCAUUCAGAAACAUCUGACCAAAUUGUGCUUCUUGAUGCUAGGAGAUAUUGUACUAUUUGUGUGCGCGUGUGUGUGUGUGUGUGUGGGUGUGUGUGUGUGUGUGUAGUUUACCCUAUAUAGGACGCUCGCUAUCCCUGAACAGUAAGAGUAUGCCGAAAUGAAAGUCCCAGUGUGAAAUUCCAUGACCAGUUGUAGAUCAGCUGGGUGAUACAUUUGCACAUUCUAGGAUGUUUUCAUCCGAAGGAUCCGUACGAUGAUUUCACAGUUUGUUUUGGAUCGACACAAAACCAGCAGCUUGUGUGUUCCUGUAUUUUAUUCAUAGAUGUCUGAGUUCAAUUUCAUGGCAGAGACCCCCUUUUGG